AUGUUUCCAUACCCUCGUGACUGCAACCCCAGGUGUCCUAUGAGAUGCUCUGCAGCCAUGUCUACACAUUACACACAAGUACAGUAGCCAUCUAGGCGCUUCAGAUUUGGGAAUCUGUGGGGUAGCCUUAUCCUGACGAAGACCCUGAUGAAGAUCUAUUGACCGAAACAUUGCUUCUAAGAGAUGCAUUCAAUCGUGUGCGCAGUAUUCAAGAUAACCAGGGUGCUGGAGUUUCUUAUUUUUCAAAAAAAUAUUUUUUAUCUUCGAAUUACAUCUUUGACUGUCUCUGAUUGCUAUUUAGAUGGUGUGGGCUACAACGAACAGAGUUGGGUGUGCAGUUCAAACGUGUUAUAACAUGGUUGUCUGGGGAGCCUUGUGGAGACAGACAACAUACCUGGUCUGCAAUUAUUCCCCAAAGUGAGUCCUGCUUAAUACCUUAACAAGCUCCACUUCUCACAGCUGAAUGAUUGAUAUCCUCUCUGAUUUACAUUUCGGAAACACAUUGUCAUACCAGUUGAGAACAGAUCUAUAGGUGUUCACAAACUGAUGUCAUCAUGAAAGUAUCACGGCUAUUUGUAUACAAAAUAUAAAGUAUAGCAAUGCAGAUUUAGAUAUGUGAUAUGGGAAAAACUCCAUGAAUUGAAAUUGGAAAGGGAUAUGUGUGAUAUUUGAGAUAUUUUUCAUCAUUGAACUAUAACAACGAUUGUAUUACUCUUUAUAUUCCAGUGGGAACUGGAUAGGAGAACCUCCCUACAGAGUUGGCAUCCCAUGUUCAGCAUGUCCCCCAAGCUACGGAGGCUCCUGUAGUAAAAACCAAUGUUUCCCAGCUAUAACGUCAAACUACAUGUACUGGUUCAAGUAA